AUGGCGCUGUGGGGCCGGCACGCGGGGGUCGCCCUCUGGCUGUGGGGCCCGGGAGGUGGGCGCGGCGGGGCCCGGGGCGGUUGGCACCCCUGCGGCUGUCGGCCGGCGUUUACCGGGACGGAGGGCGUCAGUGCGGGCGCGGUCGGCCUGGGACUGGCCCGCACUGAGAACCGGACCGCGGCCUGUCAGACGCCCCUUUCCGCUGACGCGGUCGCGACGGCGCUGCGGACGCGGCCCAGGGCGUCGGUUCCCCGCCUCUUCCUUCGCAGUAUCGCAGGUGGAAGAAGGCCCAUAUCUUUUUCUGUGGGUGCUUUAAGCAUCUUUGGAAGCAGAGGCAACAGUGAGAAGGGGAAUCUUUCCCUACAGGACAUAGCUGACCUGAUUCGGGCCAGAGCCUGCCAGAGGGUGGUGGUCAUGGUGGGUGCUGGCAUCAGCACGCCCAGUGGCAUUCCAGACUUCAGAUCUCCAGGGAGUGGCCUCUACAGCAACCUCCAGAAGUACAACAUCCCAUACCCUGAGGCCAUUUUUGAACUCGCAUUUUUCUUUCACAACCCCAAGCCCUUUUUCACUUUGGCCAAGGAGCUGUACCCUGGGAACUACAGGCCCAAUGUCACUCACUACUUCCUCCGACUGCUCCAUGACAAGGGACUGCUUCUGCGUCUCUACACACAGAAUAUUGAUGGGCUUGAGAGAGUGUCUGGCAUCCCUGCCUCAAAGCUGGUUGAAGCUCACGGGACCUUUGCCUCUGCCACUUGCACAGUCUGUCGAACACCUUUUCCAGGAGAGGCCUUUUGGGCUGACGUGAUGGCGGACAGGGUUCCCCAGUGCUCGGUCUGCACCGGCAUCGUGAAGCCCGACAUCGUGUUCUAUGGGGAGCCGCUGCCCGAGAGGUUCUUGCUGCACGUGGUUGACUUCCCCAUGGCAGAUCUGCUGCUCAUCCUUGGCACCUCCCUGGAGGUGGAGCCUUUUGCCAGCUUGUCCGAGGCUGUGCGGAGCUCAGUGCCUCGGCUGCUCAUCAAUCGGGACUUGGUGGGGCCCUUGGCUUGGCGUCCUCGCAGUAGGGAUGUGGCCCAGCUGGGGGAUGUGGUUCAUGGCGUGGAAAGGCUGGUGGAGCUUCUGGGCUGGACAGAAGAGAUGCAGGACUUGGUCCAGCGGGAAACUGGAAAGCUCAAUGGACGGGACAGAUAAGAGAGUGAUGGUCACCCCACGUACAGGAAAUGCUUACAUAGGAGAGAUCCAUAUCCCAUUUCUGAUGAGACUUUGUGCCUGAAGACAGCUUGGGCAGGUUUCCAAAUUUUGGCAGAAUCAGGACAUGCAACCUGAGGAACGGAGAGUGGAGGUCUGAGUCUGCUGCUGUAACGUCUUCCUGGGCUAUGAGCUCCGUGCCGACUGGUAGUGUGCUUACACUCAGGGCCACCCCAGUCAUGGAUACAAAGGAUUCUGCUGAAGCUCUUAAUGCAAAAAGCUUUCUUCUGAUGGUGAUCCCCUCAAACUGAAACAGACGGCCUGGAGUCCCAGACUGGAUCUACCUUUACUGUGCCCAAGUCACUGAGGGGCAUCUCUGUUGGUAAGAAGACCCAGGCUUGAGCUGAGCAGCCUCCCUCACGUCCCAAAAUGUCAUCCUGGGGCCCUAGGGAUGCAGCAGGAUCUUCUAGCAUGUUGUUCUCUUUAGUAGGGUUAUUUUCAUUAGAGAAAGUCUGUCCUUCAUUUCCAGCAUAAAAUAAAUUUUAGUUUUCUCAAA